GGUCGCUGAUUAGCCCACGGAGUCUCCGCGUUCGAUUUUGGAAGGCUCUCCUCGGAGCUCACACCAAGGAUCGGCUGAGGAUUGGCUGUUCCUGGGCUGAGGAUCGCUUUCUCUGGGGAACCACGGCUGUGACCGAGGUGGCCCGCCUCGGGCAGCCAGGUACGCAGGUCCGUGACCCGACUCACGCUGCAGUUGGAGCGGGCGGGAGGGCAAGCCGUCAGAGCCCGGAUGCCGCCGGGACCCGAACUCCCAGGUCCAUCUAGGGGCCGUUGUGCGAAGCGCCACGUCUAACCUCGAGGGCCGACCCGUACUGGGGAUGUCGCCUUGUAACCUCGGCCAGGAUACCCCUCCCAAUCUCUCGUCCUGUCGGUAAACGCCGCCUGGUUCUUGUGAGCACCUUCGCGGCAGAAGCCCGGUGCUGCGCCAGCCCUUUCGAAAGGCCAGGCAGGGUUUGGAGUAGGCGCAUCUUAGCUUUCCCCAUCCCGGUUUGAGGUCUGUCGGCGCUGCGCUUCAGUGUGGUGAGUAAUCUCUCUAAGUCCCCGCGGGGCCGUGGAGUGCAGAGGGCACAGACGCUGGCUUCGAAGACCCGGCUUUCCAUCCCUCCGCCUUGUAAAGCCAGCAGAAGCAGAUUAUUACCGCCACCAUGGUUAUCCGAAGGAGGGGAGCUGAGGAGUCAGUUGCUGCCUAGCUCACACAAGUGUAUUCUGCCUCUCAUGGUUACUUGCGCCUCCGAGACCACGGUGGACAUAGGUGUCUGAACGAGCUUCAUAUAUUACAAAGAAUGCUCAGUUGUGCACCAUAUUAAUAUAUUAUUGCAAAUUCAUUGCAUGAGCAUCCGGGAUGGGCACCCCAGCCUCUGUGGUGAGCGAGCCACCCCCUUGGCAGACCCCGACGGAGGCCCGGGGCCGCAAGCAGGCCUCGGCCAACAUCUUCCAGGACGCCGAGCUGCUGCAGAUCCAGGGCCUGUUUCAGCGCAGUGGGGACCAGCUGGCCGAAGAACGGGCGCAGAUCAUCUGGGAGUGUGCAGGGGACCACCGCGUGGCAGACGCCUUGAGAAGGCUGCGUAGGAAGAGGCCCCCAAGGCAGAAACUCCUGGGCCACUCGCUGCAUCACUGCAGACGGCUCAGGUCACUGCCAGCCCAGGAACAGGGAGUCCCCCGAGAUAGAGCUGAACCACACGGCCUAACCAACCACUACGGAAUCCCAGAGCCCCACGCUCCAGCAGUCGACCCACAGAGCAGUGCCACUGAGAUGGCUUCCGGCGAUCAGUAUCUGAACUCUAGGAGGACAAGUGCCAGGAUCCGCCGGAAUUGGAGGAAGCCAGGGCCCACAAGCUACCUCCAUCAGAUCAGACACUGAUCCAGGGAAGGGGCUGGGAAUGGCAGUAUCGGAAAUCAUAGGAACUUUUGCCAAAGGGACUGGGGAGGCGAAGGGGAGAGAGAGACUUGAGGCAGACGGCCCCACAUGCUGCUACUGGCCUGCUCAAUUCAGAAAAGGACUAGACGUGUCCAAUGAGCUCUAGUUAUGUGGGAGCCAUUCCUCACCAGGAGGAGACACAGCGAACAUCUUGCCUCGACCCUUCCCCAUCUAACACUAUGUACCUAGGCUGCAUGAUAUUCUCCUGGGAGCCAAGUGAGGGGCACUCAGACUGAGCACCACAUCAUUCCUGCUACUAACCUUCCUGCUACCAUGAUCCGUGGUCCAGCAGCCUGUCCCGCAUCCCAGGCCCGUCAAGCCACACAAGGAAAUUGUGGUUUAAGUGGCAAAAUAAAAAAAAACAUUUGCAUCAA